CCUGCUUUGAGAGCAAAGCAAGAAAAGUAAAUAUAAGGGAAAUAAUGAGCAGGAUGUCACAUAUAGAAAACCACGUUCAGGGGGUCGGAAACAAAUUAAAUGAAUACACAUAGAGCUGUGUCACAUCAUAACAUGAAAGAGUGACGUCAUUAAUGAAAUGAUAUGAUAAUAAAUAUCAUUUCAUUUUAAACUCUCAGGUGUCCACCGUGUAAUAACGACGGUCCUUGAAGGCAUCAUACACGCUGUGGAUGACGCAUUAGAAGUGCGACGCUCGUGGUGUUUACGUUUACUUACGUUCACUGGGUCCAGAGUAACACGUUUUCACAAUGAAACGUUCAAAACGUGGGGUGACGGACCCCUACAGGAAGCAGUUCAAGUCAGAUUGUGAGUCGCUGCUCGGCCGAUUCCAGAAAACUGAGUCGGUCCGAUUUCAGGUUUUCUCUCAAAUCUGGAGGGAAUCGAACUUCUCACACAUUUUCUACGGCGCCGUGAAGCACGAGAAGCGAGCGUUCAGCCGCCGGGCUCUGGAUCUGGCCUACAGCUACUUCCUGCCCCCGCUCACCUUCCAGAUCCGGGUCGGGGGCCUGUACCUGCUCUACAGUCUGUACCAGACUCAGACCGCCUCGCCGCCGGAGCAGAUCCGCGUGGCGCUGAAGGACUGGGACGAGGUGAUGAAGUUUGAGAAGGACGCGGCGGACGCCCAGCACCUGGACGCCGUCUACAUCCUGCGGCAGCUGAUGUUCCUCAAAGCGUUCCACUUCACCGCCAUGCCAACGCUGCUCGCCUACAGGAAGAAGAGGAGGACAGAGAAGUCGGGCUUGUCCGAGGAGUUCGUUGAGCGAGCGUCUCGUCCACAGGAGCUGAUCAACGGAGACCUGCUGGAGGAGCUGUCCAACAUCCACGAGCUCUACGAGAACAUGAAGACGUCCGUCUCUUUGCCGUCGGAAACGUCCGUCAACAUGAUCCACAGGAGCUUCGUGCCUCAGCUGCGCGGCUCGGUCCUGGACUUCCACAAGUGGCAGCAGAACAAGGAUGCAACAAACCAGGAUGAAGACUGUGGGGAGGGAACCUCGUCUCAGCAGGAGUGCUCCAACAGAGCCGGCCUCAUCGCCUCCAUCAAAUCGAAAGCUUACGGAGAGGCCGCCGAGGCGUCCAAGUCCCGUCGGCACCGGCAGGUGGAGGUGGAUCCGACCAGCAACGAGUCCGGCCCGUCCAACGCACCGGGUCGCUGCAGGAAAACCAAACCGUCAUUCAAAGCCAGAACCAAGGAGAAAUUCCUCUUCUCAGGUGACCUGUUGAAAGCUUCCUCAUCGACCACUAUGAUCAGUCAUCUCACCAGUCUGGACCCAGUGGCUGCAGAGAAAGUAAAACAGUUUAAAAGAUUCCCGUCGAAAUGAAGCCGACUCGGAAUCGACCGGAGACACUGAAGAGAGAUUUUAUUUAAGAACACAUUUAAAAUGAUUUUACAUUUUAAUGUUUUUUAGAUUUUUCUGUUUUAAUGGUUUUUAAUGACACACAAACUGGUCUGAGGGAGAAAAACUGCUCAUGUUGCAGAAAGUGAAGAAAAUAAGAACAGAAAUGUGUUUGUUUUUAAAAUCAAAAGGUUUGUGGAAAAUACAGUGUUCAUGUUCAGCACAGUUUUAUUACUGGUGUAAAAAUGUUUUAUUACAUUUCAGUGUUUUGUUAUAAAAAUAGUUCUACCAGUAUUUUGUUCUCUUGUCUCUGACCUCACUGGAUGUUUGACGCAUUAAAUGGAGUCAAGAACUUAUGAUGAUUCUGAGUUCUGAGAGAUAUUUUCAAA